ACGGAAAAUGGAUUUUAUCAACUUCCACGCGUGAAGGAAAUGGACCGGCGGUGGGUGGCAACGCGUUAUAAAAAGUUUGCGUUAUAGUUUCACGGAAAAAGGGUGACCGCCCCGGGUCCCCUAAUUGCCUGCCUGUUGAUGACUCAACAAAUUCAAACAAAACAAUGGAGAUGAAGAAUGUGUAUUACAGAAAGAGAAAGAGGAAGAACACCAAACAAAUCGAUCGCAUUCCCAAGUUUUCUCAGCUUCCUAGAACCGCUUCUGCCCCCAAAUCACGUUAUCUUCCCAUCUGUUCCAUCAAAGAUGUCGAACUGGACUCAUACAACAGCAAAGAUAUCCAAUCAAGUGUCACUAUAGCGUGUUCAGAUAUGUCAAACGACACCAUUAAGGUUACCCUUGACCCGUUAUCAAGCAGAUCCACCGGGCCUGAAUGUAGAAGAAGAAAAACACAGACAAACGACUUACAACUGGCAGUCACGGAUGCUAAGUUGCCCGGGCAAAAAGCACAACCAUUGCAGUAUAAGGAAUGUUCUAUAUUAUGUAAGGGCUCGUGUGGUCUCCCAGAAGUAGCUGAUGGUGUAAAUCACCAUGACCAAGUACAUGAAAUCAGAACGAUUUCAGCUUCAAGCACCCCCUCGUCUACAUCCAUAUCAACCGAUCCAGCCCGAAAGUACGGAACUCAAGAUCCGACUAACAGGAAUAACAUUAGUUGUAAUUAUUGUGGGAAAGUAGUUAAAGGAGGCGUUUAUAGGCUGAAACAACAUUUCGUAGGAGGUUUUAGGAACGUAACUGUAUGUUUAAGAUGCCCGGAGCACGUACGCGAGGAGAUGAAGAUAUACAUGCAGAAAAAAGAAAUGUCAAAAGUCGAAAACGUCAUGAACUCAAGGAUUCGAGUUAACGAGUAUGAUCUUGAUGACACUGAGGAAGAUUGUAGUGAAGCAGGCGGUAGUACGUUGCCUCGACGUAAAAAAACAAGGGUAAAAGGUUUUACGGAUACACCGUUUACUCAAAAUAGGAAACAAACCUUCAACGAAGUUUGUAAUAAGGAGCUAAGGGACAAGGCGUGUACAGAGAUAGCGAAGUGGUUUUACGACGCGGGCAUUCCUUCGAACGCGGCUACUUACGAUAGUUUCAACGCAAUGAUUGAAGCUGUCGGACAAUUUGGUCCCGGGAUGAAACCACCGAGCAUGUAUGAACUCAGAGUUUCGUUACUUAAUGAGCAAGUAAAAGAAGUUGAUAACCAAGUUAAUGAGCAAAGGAAAGAAUGGGCAAACAAAGGUUGUUCAAUUCUAUGCGAUGAAUGGCAUGAUCCGGUGGUAAAAAAGGAUAUUAUUAACUUUAUGGUCAACUCUCCAAAGGGUUCCGUGUUUAUAAAAUCCAUUGAUGUUUCCAAUGUCUCCAAGGAUGCGAGUGUAUUGUUCAAGAUUCUUGAUGCAAUGGUGGAGGAAGUCGGAGAGGAUAAUGUAAUUCAAGUUGUUACAGAUAAUGCAUCUGCUUAUGUUGAGGCGGGGAAGAUGUUGGAAGCCAACAGGAAACAUCUCUAUUGGACUCCAUGUGCCACACGUUGCCUAGAUCUUAUGUUGGAGGAUAUCGGGAAACAAAUACCGAGAGUGAAAAGUUGUUUAAAGAAUGCAAUGUUUGCAAACGGAUACAUACACAACUUUGUUGGUCUAGUGAACUUGACGAGGAAGUUCACAAAUCAAAGAAACUUGCACAGGCCCGCAAUUACAAGAUUUGCUACUUCCUUCAUCACUCUUCUCCAAUAUCACAAGCAAAAAAACAAUUUGCGAAAGAUGAUCAUUUCUCAAGAAUGGGUAGAUAGCAAGUGGUCGAAAAACCCAAAGGGCAAAAAACUUGAAUCUAUCUUUUUACAAGAAUCAUUUUGGAGGAAUAUAGUAUAUACUCUUAAGUUAACGGGACCUCUCGUUAGUCUCCUUAGAUUGGUUGCCGGUGAAAAAAAGUUGGCUGUGGGUUACAUGUACAACGCCAUGGAUAAAGCUAAAGAGACGAUUCGAAAGAGUUUUAACGAAAAGAAGGAAUUCUAUGAUAAAACUUUUGAUAUUAUAGAUGAUAGAUGGGAAUGUCAACUUAACCGACCGUUGCAUGCUGCGGGACUUUACUUAAACCCGUCUAUCUUUUAUGAUGAUGUGAAACUUAUUUUAGAGGAUGAGGAAAUUAUGGAUGAUUUAUAUUCUUGCAUCGAACGGUUGUCUCCAACUGUAGAGGAUGAAGACUUGAUCCUUGAAGAACUAAGUAAAUAUCAAAAUGCCGAAGGGCUGUUUGGUAAAAAUGCGGCUAUUAGGCAAAGAAAGCAAAAAGCUCCAGUGGAGUGGUGGGCAUCAUUUGGAUAUUCGGCUCCUAAACUGCAGCAAUUUGCUAUACGAGUUCUCAACCUCACUUGUACCGCCACAACUUGUGAAAAGAACGAGGGCCUUUUUCAACACCUUCACACCAAGAAGAGAAAUAGAUUGGCACAAGAGAGAUUAAAUGACACGCUGUAUGUGAAAUUCAACCGUGCUUUGGAACGCCGACAUACAAGUGAGGGACCCGCGGAUCCAAUCCUUGUGCAAGACAUUGACGAAAGCAAUGAAUGGUUGAUGGGGAGAAUGGAAGAUGAUCUUGAAGAUGAUGAUUUGGUGUUUAUCGGUGACGAUUUGACAUGGAGUAACGUAGGUAGAGCGUCUAAAGUUAGUAGUGAUGAUGGGUCUGGGCCGUCAAAAGAUGUUAAAGGAAAACGUCGUGUUGAAGAUGAGAUUGAAGAAGAUAUUGGAGCGUCUGGUGAUGAGGGAGAUGAACCCGUGCUCGGUUCUGACGACGAAGACUGAUAGAUAACUAGAAUUUUAGAUAGACUGGACCCACAGUUAGAGAAUCUAGCGGGUUUCAUCGAGAGCAGCCUUUCUAUCACCUGAAAUAGAGGUACAAUCCGUUAGUGGACCAACUGUUGAUUUGGUUAAAGCAUGGCGUCUUUUUGUUGGUUUCGAACAUCGGAUACUUAUUUUGUGCUCACAUGAAAGGGCUGACUCAACAGAUUCAGGCAUGCCAAGAAGCAAGGGCAAAAGAAAAAGGAAAGUUCAUUUUGUUGUGAGCACCAUUUGUACAUUUGUUCUAUUAUUUUGAUAAAAGUUGUAGAGUUUGGCAACUUCAACCUAUUACUUUUGCUACUUAUGAAUAGGUUGGUUGAUUCGGGUUGUACGAGUAAACAAACAAAUAAGGAAACGCGUCAAACAUGUCGAA